AUGGAUAAUUCUGUCUCUAUGGAAGUUGAUGGUGGGAAUGCAACACAAAAUCCUGAAAAUAUGGAAAGAUCUGAAACGACUGAAGAUAUUAAAAAGAAAAAGACGAAGAAGUUUAAGGCUGGUGGUAAACAAUAUGGGACAUCGACACUUAAGCGUCAUUUGGACAGGUGCGUGAAAAUAGACUUCGAGGAUAUUGGUCAAACUUUGAUAGAAAUGCAAAAUAAAAUGGGGGCUCUCGAGAUAGAUAAUCAUGUAUCGCGUGAGAUGUUUGCUGCCUUUGUGAUUGAUUGUGAUGUUCCCUUUUCUAUUGUUGAUAAUCAGAAAUUUAGGAAUUGGGUAAAAUACAUCAGUCCAACUCUAGGCCUAAUUACUAGAAAUACUCUUAAGGAUGAUGUGCUGAAAAUUUACUUAAGGGAAAAAGAUAAGCUUAAAAGUACUUUAUUAGCCAUUCCUAAUAGAGUUUGUUUGACUUCUGAUUUGUGGACAUCCAUCACUACAGAGGGUUAUUUAUGCCUAACUGCUCACUUUGUUGAUUUGAAUUGGAAAUUGCAAAGUAAAAUUUUGAGUUUUUGUCAUAUGCCUCCUCCUCACACGGGAUUUGAAUUGUCUUCCAAGAUUUUUGAGCUUUUAAAUGAAUGGGAAAUUGAAAAGAAGAUUAUGACUCUUACACUAGAUAACGCAUCUGCUAAUGAUACAUGCCAAGAUCAUUUGAAAAGUACAUUAAAUAUGCAUGAUUGGUUGUUGUGUGAUGGGGAGUUCUUUCAUAUUCGAUGUUCUGUUCCUAUCUUGAAUCUUAUUAUGCAAGAUGGAUUAAAAAUUGCUCAUGAUGCACUGGAUAAGAUUAGGGAAAGUGUGAAAUAUGUAAGGGGAUCAGAGAGUAGAAUGAUAAGGUUUAAAGAAUGUGUUUCAGCGAUUCAGGGUUUGACUUUUACAAGUGGGUUGCAUCUAGAUGUUACUACUCAAUGGAAUUCUACGUACAUUAUGCUCGAAAGUGCUAUCAACUAUCGGAAGGCCUUUGAGUAUUUGAAGGCAACCGACCAUGCUUAUAAGUAUUGUCCUUCGGUUGAUGAAUGGAGGAGAGUUGAAAAGAUAUGUGAAUUUUUAUACCCCUUUUAUGAAACUACUAAUUUGAUUUCUGGCACAUCUUACCCUACUUCAAAUUUGUAUUUUCUACAAGUCUAUCAUAUUCAAUGUGUUUUGAUGGGAAGUUUGAGAAGUGAAGAUGAGCUUCUAAGGAGCAUGGGAGAAAAGAUGAUGAACAAAUUUAAGAAGUAUUGGGAAAAGUAUAGUGUCAUUCUUGCAUUUGGUGCUAUUCUUGAUCCUAGACUUAAGAUUUCUACUUUAGAGCUUAUGUAUGAAGAGAUUGAUGUUGAGACUGCAAAAGGGAAGGUGGAACAUGUGAAAAAGAAAUUAUACAAGAUUUUUGAAAAAUAUGACAAGAAUUCUCUUCCAACUGUUCAAGCACAAGGACCUAGUAAUCAAUCUUCAUCCAUGGCCUAUACCCCUGAAAGUGCAAGCAAGAAGCGACUUGCGAUUGUUGGCAAAUUGAUGAAACGUAACCAUCAAGCUGAGGUCUCUAGUGAAAAGAAUCCACUUGAUACAUACUUGGAGGAGCCACUUUUGUCAAAGAAUUGCUUUGAAGAUUUAGAUGUUUUGGAAUGGUGA